CAGAGUUAUCUUGGUUCGACUGUACGCAUUAUAAUGAUUUGUGAGUGAGCUUUGCUAAACAUCGUAAAUGGCGCGUGGUGUUUUGGAAACUCCGUCAUGGUUUGUGAUUGUUACCUAUUUCGUGAAUUUUCGGCAAAUCGCUCAUAUUUUCUACGUCUAUUUGAGUUAUAGCUAUUUGGCUCAUCUUAACUGGGUGCUUAGCCAACGUGCAAAUCGUUAACACUCAGCGUAGCUAGUCAUCUCUCUCUAUCACUCUUCCAUAUUAGUGCGACAGUGACAGUUGCGUUUCGUUCGCUACGUAGCGAUUGGCAUGUUAGCACCGGUCCUGAAAAUGGGGCUUAAAGUCAGGAAAGUAAAAAAUCUUUAUCGCUUUAUCUAGAUCCAAAUAUAAAUCCAUGUACAAUUGAAUUUUAAGGGAAAAUAGAACAAGGUAACAAUAGGAAAUUAGAAUGAAACAAAAGAUUGCGACGGAAAAUAUGACCAUCGCGCGGGUUUAUAACGAUUUACCUCAAUAUCUAUGAAAGUAUACUUACGGCCCGAUUUGAAGAAUGAAAUACGAUAGCGAUAAGUUCUGGUUCAGAUAAGUUCUCAUUUAGAUAUCGUUUGUAUGUCGUAUAAUUAAUAGAAGCAGCUCGAUGCGGGCAACCAAUGUCACUUUGACGUUAGAAAUAUCGUAGAUAGAUCUUAUUGGGAUCACAGCGGAAUCAAAUGAAACGUAAAUUUUGACAUUUGAAGAUCUUUCCAAGAUCUUAAACGUGUCUUAAUCAUUCUUCAAAUCGGGUCGUUAUUUCGGCCUAAUAUUUUCCACAUAAAACUGUGAAGCAGUUUGUUGGUGGCAGGUUCUAAAAAUCUUUAACAAAAUAGGUAUCAUAAAAAUCAAGUAGGUAGGUAUUCCUAGCAUUAGGAAAAUACAAUUUUGCAUAUAAAUAAAUAAUAUAGGACAUUAAUACACAAAUUGACUUAGUCCCACAGUAAGCUCAAUAAUUAUUUAUAAAUACUUAAAUACAUAGAAAACACCCAUGACUCAUGAACAAAUAUCCAUGCUCAUCACACGAAUAAAUGCCCUUACCAGGAUUUGAACCCGGGACCAUCAGCUUCGUAGGCAGGGUCACUACCCACUAGGCCAAACCGGUCGUCAUAUGUGUCAUAAAAAUAUCUUGUGAUCUUUACAGAAUCACACUCAACAAAUCAUGCGUCGAUCCUAAAUGUCUCUCCAAGCGACCUACUUAUGUCCUUUGUCACACUAUAUGUCAAACACCCUGUAUAGAUUUAUUAUUUCAACGCCCUCCAAUCCUUUGAAAACACCUUUUGUAACGUUAACGGGUUUCCGCUUACUUAACCCUAUAUUUCCACGUUUCACUAAAUUAGGUUAACCAAUUUUCAAAACAUCCUAUUUCUUUCUACGCUAUAAUUCCAAAAACGAUCUUAACCCCUUUUAAUUUCGGUUUAUUUUAAAUUACGCUUAAAAUAGAUAUGAGAUUUAGAAGUCGAUACACUUAAGGCGCACUGCUACAAUCGCAGUGAUGCUCAAUUAAAAUUCGUACGGGUAAACCUGUAGCGUAAGAAGGACAAAAACAUUAACGUUUUACAAACUUCAAUCUUACCCUUUACACAACCACAGCCUAAAUUCAACUUUACACCAACCAUAUAAGGUUUAUAUUUCAAUAACGUAUUCAUUGACGAUAGGUUAUUUUACUGCUUAUGUGUGUGUCGAUGUAAUUCAGGACUAGUAUUCCAAACGUCUUGCAAACGCACGCAAGCGUUCGCCUCAAUUAAACCAGUAUAAUCGCAAUCCAGCUCCGUAAGAAAUACGAAAGCGUUCCCUACGAUUGUUACGCUGGUUUUUAAAGUAGAUAGCUUGCGUCAAGUUGGAAAGUAUUCCUAAUACAGCAGAAGCACACAAGCGCACCUCAACGCAUGCGUGUAAAAGCGAACUCUUCAGUACCGCUUCGUCCGCCGAGCUGAACGCACGUCCCGCGAACCGUUAUACAUUCAAAUAUGAAUAUCGAAUUCGAACAGUGACAUCUAUAUUCUUAUUACAAAAUAGUGUUUUGCUAUACAGUGUGUUUGUUUUUUUUUUGUGUUGAAUAUUUAAUGCCACUGCGGUGGUAGCGUGCGUGUGUUCGUAAGCGUUAUACAGGAACACAACCCUUUAAGGGUUGCCAGUAAAACGGCGUUCCACGCCAGCAUAGUCACGAUUGCCGGGAACAGCAGCGAUGUGCCCCCACACCAGGUUCAGCAGACUUGAGGGCGACUACAUAGCAGUGAUGUGGAGGCGUGGGCAAAGUCGGUCGCCGUAGUCUACUGUGUGAGGGACACGGGAGAUCAUCGAAAUGAAUCUCCUGAACAUGGACGCGGAGAACCGCGUGGUCCUCAACGUCGGUGGGAUCCGGCACGAGACAUACAAGGCGACAUUGAAGAAAAUCCCCGCCACCCGUCUGUCGCGGCUGACGGAGGCGCUUGCCAACUACGACCCUGUGCUAAACGAGUACUUCUUCGAUCGGCAUCCUGGCGUGUUCGCGCAAGUCCUCAACUACUACAGGACGGGCAAGUUGCACUACCCCACGGAUGUCUGCGGGCCGCUUUUUGAAGAGGAGCUGGAGUUCUGGGGGCUGGACGCCAACCAGGUGGAGCCAUGUUGCUGGAUGACCUAUACGCAGCAUCGUGACACCCAAGAAACGCUGGCAGUCCUGGACCGCUUAGACCUGGACACAGAAAAACCCUCUGAUGAGGAAGUGGCACGCAAGUUCGGCUUCGAAGAGGACUACUAUAAGGGCACCGUGUCCUGGUGGCAGCAGCUGAAGCCGCAGAUGUGGUCGCUCUUCGACGAGCCUUACAGCUCCAAUGCCGCAAAGGUAGUUGGCGUGAUAUCAGUGUUUUUCAUAUGCGUGUCCAUCAUAUCGUUCUGUUUAAAAACACACCCGGACAUGAGAGUGCCAGUGAUAAAAAACUACACAGUGACGACCGCGAACCAAACACAGAGUUGGGCGCUGGACAAAGUGCAAACGAACGCCCACAUUGCGUUUUUCUACAUAGAGUGUGUGUGCAACGCGUGGUUCACCUUAGAAAUCCUAGUGCGUUUCAUAUCGUCCCCAAAUAAGUGCGAAUUCAUCAAAUCCUCCGUCAACAUCAUCGAUUACAUCGCGACCAUGAGUUUCUACAUCGAUCUUAUUCUACAGAAAUACGCUUCACAUGUAGAAAACGCUGAUAUCUUAGAAUUCUUCUCUAUAAUAAGAAUCAUGAGGCUGUUCAAACUGACGCGUCACUCGUCAGGCUUGAAGAUUCUGAUUCAAACCUUCAGAGCAUCAGCGAAGGAGCUGACUCUGCUGGUAUUUUUCCUAGUGCUCGGUAUAGUGAUAUUCGCGAGUUUGGUGUACUACGCGGAGAGGAUACAGACGAAUCCACACAACGACUUCAACAGCAUACCGUUGGGGCUGUGGUGGGCGCUGGUUACCAUGACGACGGUCGGGUAUGGAGACAUGGCGCCGAAGACCUACGUGGGGAUGUUUGUUGGCGCAUUAUGUGCUUUGGCUGGUGUGCUGACGAUAGCUUUACCCGUGCCCGUCAUCGUGUCCAACUUUGCCAUGUACUACUCCCACACGCAGGCGCGGGCAAAGUUGCCCAAGAAAAGGCGGCGGGUCAUUAACGUUGAGCCGACUAGGCCUCCGAUGCGUGCACCAGGCGUACCAGGUGGUCCCGGCGGUGCCUUGCCUCCUGGAAUGGGACCUCAAGCGGUGAACCGCCGCAUGAACGCCAUCAAAACCAACCACCCCAAAGACAUCAUAGGACCUAAUAUGGUCGCAAGUCUGAUGCCUGGACUGGACAUGUCAGUGACCACACGCCUGUCCCCCAGCCCUCGGGACAUGAGUCCAGCUCUGGCCAUAGCUCUCCCCAUGAUGAAGUCAGUCAACAUUGUCCCGGCUCAGUGCUUCGACAACAUGGCUUUCCACAGCGAGAGGGUCGAAGACAAAGACAGUGACAAAGAAGAUACUCUCAGCAAACGUUCUAGUCAACAAUCUCUCGAAAGCGAUAACACACUUAGAGUAAACAAUUACAAGAACGGAUACAUGAAUAAGAGUGCCGAAGAGAAAACUGAUUGUAGAACGCCGUUGCUUAGAGAUCAUAAGAUAGAAUCGCUGGAUGAGAACAAACUUAGGGAGAAUAAAGCUGAGAAGAGAAAGUCAUCCGCUUCAACAUAACAGUAAAUAUUGUAAAUAAUAUUGCAACCGCUAUUCUAAACUUUAUUGGAUAAGGCCGUGGAGUAAUAUAAUAUUAUGAUAUUGCAAAUUGAAGCACAUGAAAUAAAAACUGUUUUUAGUGUCAAUCAAUUUAUUGCUCCAUCGCCUUGAUCUAUUGAGACCAAUAGAACUAAGAAUGCUUUAACUAACGCAAGUAAGAUAAUGUCCAUUCAUACCAUUAUACAGUGCAGAGCAAAACAACGUAUGGUAAACCAAACAGAGUAUUCAAACAUAUGUAUUGACUAGUAAAUUAUAUGUUUAACCGUACAAGUUUCGCGUAGUUUGGGAAAUGACAUGCCUUCGUAUCCAUGUUAAGAGUAGACUGUGAGAUUUACUAUAAGUAAACAUAUAUCACUGAUCCUGAUUGAAUAAUAAAAUGUUAAGCAAAAGUGCCAGGGCAUAACCUAUUCAGGCACGUACAAUGGAGUUAAAUAAUGUUAUAAAAAUAAGAAAUGUAUUUCUCGCUUAAUACCUCAUGGCAUUUUUUACGAGGCGGUAUAUUGAAGAAAGUGUCAUUAAUUUCUGUGUUGUUUGUUACACGUAUAUGUUUGUCGGAGGGCCGUCGCCCAGGAAAAAAAAAUACUUUCAAAACAUGUGUAAUGUGAAUGAUGUAAGAGUGUCUACUGCUAAAUAUUUUGCAGUAAAAUCGAAAUUUCUUUUUCUGCCUCUAUUGCUUGAAUAUUUAGGAUUGAUAAAGAGUUAGAUCAAGACAUUUCGAUUUUCGCAGUAGGACUUUUAUCGCGGUAGCUUUUAUUGUCUUUGUAUGAUUGGUGAUGUAUGUAGACUUAUAGGUAGUACGUGGAUAGUGUUAAUAUUCAAGCAUUCAAGGCCGUGAUAGCUGUAAGAUAGUUAAGAAGUGCUUGGAGCACUUGCGAUUUACACAUACGUACGAAUAUUAGAAUAUAGUUGCCUAUCACAAAUUAGAGUAAAUGUUACGUACCUUUAUAUACCUAAAAUGUACAAAUCGAUCUUUUUGGCUGAAUUUUAACAACUAUUUCUCUAAUAACCUUAUCCAAAUUGACAAUAAAAUGUUAAAAUUUCAUACAAAAUAUUAAUUUCUGACUUGAAAGUAUCAAUACUAAUAUCGUCAUCCAAGUAAUUAUAAAUAAGAUUUAUUUACAAUAACAAUAUACAUAGAUAGAUAGAAUACCCUUUAUUGGCACACCUCAGUUAAAAGAUACAAGAAAAUAAACAAUUGAUUAAAUGUAGAGACAGACAACAGGCGGUCUUAUCGCUAAAGAGCGAGCUCUUCCUGACAACCUUUGGGCAGCGGAAAUAAUGGAUACAUAAUGGAUAUAUACAGAGGAUUACUAUAACUAGCUUAAAUCUCGAAUAGGCCCUUGAGGCAUUGUACCAAGGAUGCUGGCGGCAUUUCCUCGUUGUAUCGCAAUACUGAUACCGUGAUACGUUGUACGAGGAAGCCGUCAGCUCUUCGGUCACCAGUAACGUCA